CUGGGAUCGGCGGGAUUUGAUCUUCAGCCGCCGUUGGAUUUGUGGAUGACGGCCCCGUUUGAGCUUCAUUGGCGGCGACGGGGGAAAGAUAGAAGCUCGCUCAUAAGGGAGGAAAAUCAAAAAUCGACUAGCCGGUUCUCAUUGGGGCUCGCUCAGAAGCAGAGGGAUGACAUGGCCAAAAAUCCGCUAUCUCCACCAUUUGAUUUCUCUGUUGCGGGUGACACUAGGAAAGUAAUGGAGCUUGCCAUGGAGUCAGACAAAGAGAUUGAGCACAAAAUAGGACAGAUCCUGAAGCUUAUAAGGAACAACGGUCCGGAUAAGAAAGGAAAGCUCCCGCCUCCAGACGACCCAAAGAAGAAACCAGAACUCGUCACGUUAGUUGAGGACGUACACAAACAAUACCAAUCACUCUACUCAAAGUACGCCAAUCUUCGAGGUGUCACCGCGAAGAAGGCUCGUGUAAGAAAGAAAAGGGCAGGCUCUGGAUCUACAUCAGCUUCAGAUUCCGAGUAUUACUCUCCUGUGGAGGCACCGAGGGAAAGGAAAGCAACGAAAGCCACGAAUAUGAGCAGAACUGGAGAGCAGAGCGAUGAUCAGGAACAUUUGGAUGACAGCGAGAGCGCGGAACAACAUACAGAGGAACCCCCAAAUUUAGUAAAAGUUCAGGACAAUCAUGACGGGGAGGGAGGAGGUGCUCAAGUGAAGGAGUUGGAGGGACAAUUGAUUGCAAGUAAGUUCGAGAUGGAGACAUUAAGGAAAGGGAAACGAGAGAUGGAAAGGUUGCUUGCAGAGAAAGCAAGUGAGGUUAGCGAGGUUGAAAAGAGGAAUCAAGAAUUGCAAGCACGUGUCGUAGAGCUUGAAUCACAACAGCUUGAAGAAAUUUUGGAAAAGAAAGCGGAUGAAUCACGUCAAAUGCAUGAAAUGCAAAACCAUUUGAAUGUAAUACAGCAGGAAUUGGAUCUAGCUGGCCAUCAAAAGGUUGAGUUGGAACUUCAGCUGGAUGCAAAGUCCAAAGAACUUACUGAUAAUUCGAUUCAAAUGCAGAAGUUAAGAGAUGAAUUAACAGCAAAGUCUAUGGUUGAGGAGGAGCUACGGAAGAUGGACUAUUUGAGCAAGAAACAAGGGUUAGAGCUACAAGCAUUACGAAAUGAGAAAAGCAAGUUGGAAGAGGAUAUGAGAAAACAAACACAAGAAUCAACACAAUUAAGGGAGUCUAAUGAUAAGAUGAAUGCUACAAUUCAUGAACUAGAACAAGUGAUAUCAACUAAAGAAGGCGAUAUUGGGGUGCUUCAGAAUAGAAUCAAUGACAUGGACAAUGAGGCUUCAAUGGAGAUUGCAAAUUUGAAGGAACAAAUAACUAACGUGCAGCAAGAGCUAGAAACUUCAUUAUCGGAAAAAUCUCAUUUGGAGGUUCAGAAAGAAAGAAUCCUAAAAGAACGCGAGGAUGUACUCAAGAAGAUCAAUGAAGAGCCUACACUUAAACCGAUUAGACAUCUUUCUAUGGAGUCUCCCAAGGUGAAGCCAGUUGAGUCCACCAAGUUGAUUACCCAAACAAUAGAGAGGAAGGUUGAAGAACUAGCAGAGCAAUACCAAAUGAGCAUGGAGAACCAUAUUCGUUUACUACGUCAGAGGGUCAAAGUUGCAGAACAAAUCCACAACGAAACAAAGGAUAGUUACAAGCAAAUAAAAGAAGAGCUUCAGAAUGAAAACAAAGAGCUUCAAGAUAAAGUAGUGGCAUUUCAAGACGCAUUGAGAAAAAUGAAAGGGACAUUAAUUGAACCCGGGGGAAGCUUGCUAACAGGAUUGGAUGUGCUGAUUAGGAAGUUAGAUGAGAGCAAACAUCCAUUAAACAAGAUGUCCAGGAUAUCGGAUGAACUUCAAAUCGCUCGAAAUUGGAUGGCGGGAAAGAAAGGGGAGAUCAAACAGUUGAAAGAUAAUAUGGAUGAUUUGACACUACAACUGAGUGACAAAGAAGGAAAAGUGCUAGAACUAGAAGCAAGGCUGACCAUGGCGAUGACAUUAGCAAGUGAAGAAGAGAAGGAGAUCGAUGCAUUGGAGAGUAAAGUGAGAGCAUUGGAGCAAGAGUUGAGAGAGAAAGAAGAGGCCAUAACGAACUUCGCAGAAGAGAAGAAGGAAGCCAUAAGACAACUUUGUAUGCUGACAGAUUACCAUCGAAAUCGAUAUACUCAGCUUAAGCGAUCCAUAUCCACAACAAGUCCAAAACCAACAAUUACACCCAAAGCUUCGCUGUGGAAGGACGGUUCCGCUUCAAUCCCCCGUCGCCUACAGCUUCUCUUCUCUUGUGCGCUCGCCAAAUUCGAGAUUCUGAUCGAUUUGAUUCCAGCUCAGUUUGGUAGACGACGGCGAUAGGAAAGACCGAUUUCCCCAGGUAAAUUUCCUAAAUUCACUGCGUUCUACUGCCUGAACUCUGAAGCCCGCAAGACAAUAUUU